AUGGGGAAACAACAACAGCAGCAGCAGCAGCAGCAUUCUAAAAACGCGCAGUCCCCGGGCACCAACAAGACCAGUUACAGCGAAGCCGUAAAUAUGGGGAAACAACAACAGCAGCAGCAUCAACACCAACCCCAGCAACAAAAGCAAAGGGCGUGGAAAAAGUUUAAAGUCGGGCAUGCGCUUGGCUCUCCGUUUCGCUGCGCAUGCCUAGUCCGCCCCCGCGGGCACCUGUUAAAUUCGCGCAUUGGGCAUGCGCACUACCAUCGACACCUCACGUGGUGUGGGAACAACAUGGCGGCUUGCCGAGAUGUUUUUGGCCAGAAUCAACGCCCUUGCAGAAAAAAGGCCAACCAAAACUACCUUCAGACAGACACGGCUGAAAUUGAGCUGAAUUUGUGCUUUAUGCAGUAUAUCGAUCAAUACAUAGGUAAUGGAGUGUUUGCUAGGCAAGAGCUCUUGAAGGGGCAGUUUAUUCUCGAGUACAGAGGAGAACUAUGUAAACAGCAGUCUGAUGGUGAUGAAAUGUUCAAAUACCAUUUCAGACAUAACAACAAGGAAUACUGCAUCGAUGCCUCAAAAGACACGUGUCUGGCAUGCAUGGUCAACGACUUGGACCGAUACACAAAGCCUAAUUGCAAAAUGGUUAACGUUGUUGAUGACAGACAUCAACCAAGACUCUGUCUGUAUGCAACUGAAAUGAUCAGCAAAGACACUGAAUUGAGGUACGAUUAUGGUGUUGCUGAUGUACCUUGGAGAAAACCUCGCCUUGACCAAGAAAAGAAUAACAUGAUGGCCCCAUAG